AUUUUCACUAAACUAAACAUCAAAUUUUACCAAACGUUAAUACUUGUACAAACUAUUUUUGCCCAACAUGCCUGUAGACAUUGUCAAUUUUAAAAGGCCUUACAAAUGAAAUGUCAAAACCACACCGAUUUAAAAUCGACUCGAAAAAUAUUCGAUUCAUAUUUGGACUAGUGUGGACACAAUAAUGUAGCAUGACUCAUCAAUACUCAAGUUUAUAAAUUGACCCAACUAAACUCGAUCCGACCUCACCAAACCCGAUCCGGACACCUGAAUUGGCACCCUUUGUUUUACUAUAGUAGGAGUGUAGGACUAUAGAAGAGUAGAAAACGAACAUGCAUUAGACUGAAAAUUAAGAAACUGAACAAUAACCAACAAUGGUGAUGGAUGCUACCAACUGGGACGAAGAUGCUUACAGGAACACCAUCCUCCAUGAAAGAGAAACUCAAUGUCGAACAGUUUUUCGUGCCAUUUUUGCUCCUUCAAACCCUAACCCUAAUCCCGACAUUGUUGUUGCUGCUUCAAGUGAUGGUUCAGUUGCCGCUUAUUCUCUCUCCUCCAUACUCUCUUCCAUUGAAUCGCGCUAUGGUGUCCCGACUCCUCAACAAGUGUUUGCUGCUGAACCUUAUUGCUUUCUUCAAGCGCAUGAGGGUCCUGCUUAUGAUGUUAAGUUUUACGGUGAUGAUGAUGAUGCUUUGUUGUUGAGCUGUGGAGAUGAUGGCCGGAUACGAGGUUGGAAAUGGAAGGAACUUGAAGAGUCAGAGACACCUAUACAUAAACAAGGCUCCCAUGUAAAACCUUCUAUAGACUUGAUGAAUCCACAGCACAGGGGUCCGUGGUAUGCUACAUCUCCAAUAUCGGAGAACAAUGCAAUUGCUGUUGACCACCAGAGAGGAUCCAUAUAUGCUGCUGCUGGUGAUUCCUGUGCAUACUGCUGGGAUGUGGAGACAAGUAAGAUUAAGACUGUGUUUAGGGGACAUUUGGACUAUCUGCAUUCCAUUAUUGCUCGAACGGGCAGCAAUCAGAUCAUAACUGGAUCAGAGGAUGGUACAGCAAGAAUUUGGGACUGCCGAAAUGGAAAGUGUGUUCAGGUGAUAUCUCCAAAGCGAGAGAGUCUAAAGGAAGUUUCCAGUGUUAGCUGCAUUGCUCUAGAUGCGAGUGAGAGUUGGCUGGCUUGUGGUAGCGGAAAAAGUUUAUAUGUUUGGAAUCUUCUGGCUUCAGAACAAAUUUCAAGGAUCAGUACUCCUACAACUUGCCAAGAUGUAGUUUUUGAUGACAAUCAUAUAUUAACAGUUGGAGCUUCAUCAAUGCUUAGUCGAAUGGACAUGAAUGGCAAGAUCCUAUCUCAAAUAAGAUGUGCUCCUGAGUCAGCAUUUUCUGUCUCCUUGCAUCAGUCGGGUGUGAUAGCAGUUGCUGGGUAUACAGGGCUGGUUGAUGUGGUAUCGCAGUUUGGAAGUCACUCGUGCACAUUCCGAUGCACAUCCGUAUGAUCUCCCACUUUAUAUAGUUAUGCUUCUAUACGAAGUAUGUUUCUUAGACUUUUUGGUAGAUAGAUUUCCAUUUUUGUGAAGGUUCAAGUAUUUUUUUUUUUUUUUUGAAGAAAAGGUUCAAGUACUUGAGCUAUGUAUCAUUAUACGAAAAAAAUAAGUUGAAGAUAUGAUUAUUAGUGUAUAUCUGAUUUCCUGAUUACCUUUCAACCUCCUUUUGGAAAUAUUUAAUUUUUAUAGUAUUGCUCCAUACUAUAGUCCUCUACAUAUAGACAAUCUUGUAGUUGUAUUUGUAAUUUUCAGGUGACAACUUUUACAGCUAAAAAAAAAGGUUUUGCAGAAAGAUAUU